AUGAGACACCUGGACCACCUCUGGUUUGUGCUGGCCCGCCUGCUCAUAGUCGAGACAUAUCAUCAAACCAGAUCUUCUACUCCCACUUCUGAGCAUCUCAAAAGAUAUCUUGCCUUUAUAGAAUCUCAGUACGAGGUGAUUUGCAGCGCCUCUCCAGAACUCCUUCCGGAAAUGAGAGAUGUCAAUGCCUCCGAUCCCCAGAGCCGCAGAUCACAAAUCGAACAACUUGUUGCGAUGCGACCUGAUUGUGAAGACGGUGAUAGCUGGCCGAGGGCUUCCAAACCGUUUAAACUUGUUCUUGACCGGAUAGGCGACAUCCUUCAAGGCAAUGUCAACCCGCUCGAGCUUCUCAUGGAAAACAAUGUGCUUCGAUAUUUCUAUGGUUCUUUGUUUAUUCGUAUGGACUGGGAUGGCUUUCUUUCGUUGCUCAGUCAUUCGAAUCCGACUCUUCGGGUAUUGGAAAUCUGUGCGGGAACUGGCGCCACUACUGCGAUAGUCUUGAAGGGCUUGGCUUCUGGCCACAAGGGACGGAUGUAUACCAAGUACACGUUCACUGACAUAUCGCCUGGGUUUUUACCGGACGCCAAGAAUCAAUUCAAGGAUCACCAAGGAAUUGAAUAUACUACCUUGGAUAUAAGUCAAUGCCCUAUGAAACAAGGCUUCGAACCCGAAAGUUAUGACUUAGUGAUCGCUUCCAAUGUCCUCCACGCAACUCCUUCAAUCUCUGAAACGCUUUCCAACGUCCGGAGACUAAUUGCGCCGGGGGGUCACUUUCUGCUUCACGAAAUAUGUAAUCCCUGUCCUUUCAUUGACUAUGUCAUGGGGCUGUUUCCUGGCUGGUGGAUCGGAGAGCAAGACGGCAGGAAAGAUAGGCCAUAUAUCUCCACUGAACGGUGGCACAAUGAGCUUCUCGAAGCUGGGUUUACUGGAAACGACAUGGUCAGGCUUGAUGGUGAUGACUCUUAUUUCAUAACAGCCAGCAUCCUAUCCAGGCCUCAACCCAAGGAAGUCAGCAGGGGGGACUUGCAUCUUCUUUAUCGGGGAACAAUUAGCCAGUGGGCACGCAACCUAGAAAAGCUACUUAUUUUGGAUGGCUAUACUGUUCGUUGGUGUACCCUCCAGCAAACGCCGCCUCCGGGCUCGGACGUCAUAUCAUUGAUCGAUCUGGAAGGUCCCUUUCUCGACGAUCUGUCAAGUGUGGAUUUUGCUGCUUUCAAACAAUGCUUCUCAGCCUUAAAGAAUGUCCGCUUGCUAUGGGUUACGAGAUCGAUACAACUGGAGUGUGAAGACCCUCGAUUUGGUCUGUCCUUGGGCCUGGUUCGCACUUGCCGACAUGAGAUUGCAGAGGAUUUUGUGACCUUGGAGAUAGACCAGCUUGACGGUACUGCCAUAGAAUCUGUCAUCAAGGUACUUAACAAAAUGAAGUCACAACAAGAUAAGCCGUGGUUGUAUCCCGAUUAUGAAUUUGCUCUCCAAGGUGGUGUCAUUCACACUCCUCGCUUCCAGUGGAGUACUAUUGACGACCAACUCGUGGGAGCCCUGGAUGGCUCAGAAUCGAAGACGCUUGACAUUGGCACCUACGGGGUUAUAAGCUCCCUAACAUGGGCAUCGGCAAGCCCAUUGCUAGCCCUUGCAGAAGACGAGGUUGAAGUUGACGUGAAGUAUGUUGGGUUGAAUUUCAGGGAUACCCUUGUCAUGUUAGGACUAUUUGGCAACAUGAGCGAAUGCGGCGUCGAAGGAAGUGGUAUCGUCCGCAAAGUGGGGUCAGGCAUUCGAAAUCUGAAAGUGGGAGACCACGUUAUGCUGGCCUCGGCAGGGCUGUUCUCCACUCGAAAGGUCUUGCCAGCAAAUGUAUGCUUGAAACUCCCUGACAACAUUUCGCUACAGGAUGCAGCUACAAUACUAUGUGUCUUCACUACGGCCAUCCAUUCUCUCGUGGACAUGGGGAGACUACAGAAAGGCCAAUCUGUUCUGAUUCACGCUGCAUGUGGCGGUGUGGGACUUGCUGCUUCCAAGUAUGUCAAAUGA